GUAGACGGCAGUAGGCGGCAGGCGGCGUACGCGCCGACCGCGCGCAACACUCGGGCAUCAAAUGUACCAGCCAAUCCACCAUCGCUAGGUUAUAUUUAACUGCUGCGACCAUUAAUCUGCAUGUUUCAUUACAAAAUUUGGCAAGCCGUUUUCAAAGUGCAGUGAUGUGAAAAUUAAUAAACAUUGAAGUGAACUGUACCGUCUAAGUGAAAUUUAUUAGUGUUCACAAAGCUCGAAAUAUUACUAGUAACAAAUUAUAUACAGGAAGUAAAUAUCAUAAUUUACGGUAACGCCGGCUCUAGUGAGUAUGUUACAUCUAUUUUUUACUGAUCUUGUCAAUUUGCCAAAUAGUGUUUGAGCUUUGGGCGUUGUUUAAGAUUCUGUGGAGAUGGAUAAAAUAGUGUUGAUUUCAUGAAGCAUAAACUCCUUUCAGCAAUAUGAAUCCUCCGUCAGCGUUGUUCGGCGCAAUGAAUAAAGAACGUAAGCCAUUCACAUAUACGCCGGGAGGGCUAGAUCUCUCUGAGAUCAAAUCAGAACGUAUGGCCCAAAGGUUGAUGAGGAAUGCAAUGAGCGAAGGAGUCCCUGAGACGCAAGUGCAGACGAUACAAUCACCCCCGCCUCAAUUGAACUCAAGUGCAAUGCCUAAUUUCAAUUGUUUACCUGUUCAAGUUUUUCCAACAUUUCCCCUACCAGCGAACCCUAAAUCAUUAUUGAGAUCUAGAAGUAAUGCUAAUCCUUCAAAAGCAUCAAAUUCAGCAAAAAAUAUAACUCCGACGUCAUCUUUACUUAUUGCUGAUGAUAAACCUAGCGCAGGUGAAUCGAAAAACAUAAACAAACCAUCUUUGUUUACGUUAAAGGAUAAUAAUGCACCAUUAUUGAUAAAUGAUACCAAAAGUGUGUCAAAUAACUCAUCUUCAUUUAAAACAACUAAUUAUGGAAGCGAUGUUCACGCAGAAAUUAUAUUACCUGAGAAAAGCUAUGAUGCUGAAUAUUUUGUUAUGGAACCUCAAGCAAACAUUGAACGAAUGGGAAAUGAAUCUAAUAAAUUAGAAGAUAAUACCAUCACUUAUCGAAGCGGCAACAACUUAUUGACUUCAGAUAUUCUUUUGGAUACUGCUACUAGUAUUGAAAUAAAUCCAGUAGUACUAACAUCUUCAGCGUUGCAAGAAAGAGCGACAAAUGAUAAUGAACAGAAGAAAGUCAAAAUUGUCAAAAAACAAUCAAAGACUUCAGAAAAUGAGGCAGACCAAAAUGGUGACACUGAAGCAGCAAUAGUAGUCAAAUUACCAUCAAAAAAAUCAUCAGCUAAGACUGAGACUAAAGUAGAAGUUUCAAAGAAAACAUUGCCCGAUGGUUCAGUAGAAGAAGUUAAAACAACUAUUACAAAGACAACAAUAGAUGGUAAAACUGAGAUAAAAACUAAAACGGAAACUCAAAUUUUCCCAAAAGAAGAGGAUGAUACAGUAGAAAUUGAAGAACAAGAGGAGGAAGGUGAACAUGUAGUUAUUGAAGAAAAUGAAAGUGAGCGAAAUGAAGAAGAGUCUACCACUGUAACAAAAAAAGAGAUUUCUGAAAACAAUCCCACAGAAAGUGAAGGAGAGUCCAAAACGACUGAAAUAAAAGAAAAUGGACAUAUUAUUAGCGGAGAAGAAAAAUCUGAAAUAAGUACUACAAAGAAGAUAGUUGUGAUUCAGUCCACGGAUCAAGAACCUGAAGAAGACCAGGAAGAAGAGGUAGAAGAGAAAGAAACAGAAGAUGGUGAUGUUGAAGUAGAGCAAGUAAUAGUUUUAAAAAAAGUUGAAGAUAAGAAUACGGAACAGUCUAAUGAUGUGAACGGGGAUAGUAAAAUGGAAACAGCUGAUAUGAACAACGAAGAGGAGGCGGAAGAAGUGGAAGAAGAAGUGGAAGAAGAAGAAGUAGUCGAUGAAGAAAAUGAAGAAAAUGGACAAACAAAUCUAAAAGUGGAGGAUAAAAAUGAUACUGAAGAACCUGAAGAAGAUGAAGAAAUAGAAGCUGAAGAAGUUGAGGCCGAGGAAGAACAAAAUGAAGAAGUCGAUGAAGAAAAGGAACAAAAUGAUGAUAAAGAACAAUCGCAAGAAAAGGAAAAGAUGACUAUGACUGAAAUUGAUCAAAAGUCUGAAGAAAAAGAAGAACCUGAAGAGGACGCUGCGGAAGAAUAUGAAGAAGCAGAAGAUGUACCGGUAAACAUAGACUUGGCAGAAAAAUCUGUCGACAUUAUUAGUGAUAAAAGUACAGAAUUGUUAGUAAAAGAAGAAGUUGAAAAGAUAGAACAAGAGAGUGAAUCUAGUGAAAAGGUAGUUCCAAAUCAAAUACCAUGUUCGGAAUCAUCUGUGCCAAACGAAGAUAGCACCAAACAAAAGACAGAUGAACAAGAACGCGUAGUUAAAAUAACUUUCCAGUCGGAACCAAAAGUGUCAUUUAGAGAGCCAUCGAUUCCUCUUGAAAAAGUAGAAGAUGUCGAGAUUAAGCCAAUCGGCCCAGCUCAAGAAAUAAUAAAAAAGUGUCAUACAGAAAUAAUAACUACUACGAAGGAUGAACCAACUGGAGCAUUAAGUACUCAGACUAAUUACAACAGAAUUGAAAAUAUUGUGACUGUAAACCGUACUACAAAAAUUCUAGAUCAUGCAUACGAACAGGCUGAGAAUACUAUUCCCCGUGUAAAUCCUUACUUUGUACCUCCUAAUGUUUGCCCCCCUGAUCGUAUUUUAUCGACUCCGCAACCAAUUUCAAAAUCAUAUCAACCAAUAUUUACGCCAGAACCUCAAACAGAAAGGAGACAUAGUUUACUUCUUGACAGACUUAGUGUGGAUCGUCAAAUUCCUGUACAGCAACCAGAUACCUAUCAAAAUAAUUACCAGUAUAAUAAUCAAAGCUAUGGACAAAACCAAUGGUCGCAAGAACCACAAUCUGAAGUUUUGACUGUAAGCAACGUUAAACCUAGUGCAAUUACUAAAAACCAACAGUGGUAUCAACAGAGUAAAAGAGAGGAAAAUUAUACUUCUAAUAUUGUAACGCCUACACCAGUUAUGCCUAGUCAACUGUCUCAACCACAAUUUCAACCAAAACAAAAACCCCAGCAACCACCACAACCACAACCACAAGCGCAACCACAAUACCAGCAUUAUGUGCAACCCCAGUAUACACCGAAACAGGAAUUUCAACCAACUUAUACAGAUAAUAGUAAACAGAAUUCAUUUAACAGUGGUACAACGAAUUUCCAACAAAAUACUUAUCCAAGUUACACUCCAAAGCCAAGUUGGGUAAGCAAUACUUUCGAUCCAAAACCUACUCCUGCUGCCCAGUAUAAUCAGUAUUCAACACUAAAAAAGGAAUCAAGUGAAAGCUAUCAGAAAACGUCACAACCAUUUUCUUCGUCUUAUGUUCCUCCACCUUGGGAACAAGACUCUAGUUAUGUAGUGGAGAAUCAAAAUUUCUACCAACCACCACCUACUGCCGCUUACACUCCUAGUACAAAUCAAUCUUGGAAACCUAAACAACCGGUAAAUAAAUUUUCGAAACCACCGCCUAAAGCAUAUAUCCCUCCGGCUCCAAACCAAUCUUUUGUUAAGCCAGUGUCAAGUACUGAUGCUCAAAUAUUGCCUGGCCGCAAAACUUACUACAGUGAAUAUGAAAGACGUUACAUAUCUGUGCCGGAAUCUACAUAUAUACCUAGUGAAACAAAGUACCAAGCUCAGCCUGACCCUUCUCCUCAGUACUAUUUCGAUAACAACGAACCAACCGAAAUGGUGGAGCCACAAUGGCGAAAAGAAUUAAGAGAGUUCACGGAGAAGACUUCCCAAACUACAACUACACAAACUGAAAAGACUUCGAUAAUACCACCUUGGGAAGAAGACCCUAAGUAUGCCACAGGAUAUAACACAUAUACCACAAAGACAGUAACACCAAGUUGGACUCAGACGUUAAGACCCCGUUCCUGGCGAGAAACUAGUUACGAACCCGAAUAUGUUGGAUCUAAAGAGUGGCCAAAGACCAAUACUCUCGGUCGUGGGCGUCCACAAAGCUCUUACGUAAGAAGCAAUAUCGAUACGAUUCGGGAAAGAACAAGAGGAGUAUCGGUCGACCGAUACAAUCCUAAUAGUUAUCAAUCGCCACCAUCAUCUGAACAUCCUCCGGUUCAGAGUCACACGCUGAAUGCAAACAGUCAUCCAAAGACCUAUCAUAACCCUAGCGUGCCUACAUAUCACGCCCGCAACUCUGCUGAAUCUAGAGAGCAAACGGCACCAUCACCUUACAUUCAACGUACAUGGGCGGAGUCGAAGGCUCCUCCUGUCCAAUCCAGGUCAUUCAAAUACCUUCAAUGGAUAACUGGCACCGAGGAUUAAGUGCCUUCUUAGCGUUAAAGUACUCGUAAAACGUAUUU